AUGGCUGUAAACUCAAGCACUGCCACCCGGCGCUACGACCUGGAUCAACUCAAGACUUUCCUCACCGGACUGGUCAUUGUGCACCACACUGCCAUUCCUUAUGGUGGCGCUGGCAACUGGCAAUUUCGAUCCCAGCUGAUUGGCAAGGACUUUCUGUCUCAGCCUCUAAUCCUUUUCAACGGUUUCAACCAGUCCUUUUUCAUGGGCUUGUUUUUCUGGAUCUCGGGGCGUAUGUCUGCACAGGCAUUGAGUAAGCCGAAGGCGUCCACGGCUGGCUUCCUCGGGGGCAGACUCGUGCGCUUGGGAAUACCGACAAUACUCAACACGAUAUUUGGCCCACCCUUGGUGGCAUGCUUGGCACAAGGUCGUGUGGGCGACAUAUACCAAGAAUACUGGAGGCAGCUGCGCGGUGUGAAGGGCGUGACAUGGUACACGGCCACAUUACUUACUUUUGAUUUUGUGGCCGCGUCCCUUCAGCACCUGGGGCAGAAAAACUCCGAUGGUAUCAGAGGCGGCCUGGAGAAUGUCUCGCCUUAUAUCUACAGCACCAUCAACAGGCACGGUUGGCUCUUGACGGCUGUCAUAAGCUUUGUGAUUAGGCUCCGUUUUCCAGUCGGGACGCCACUCGCCCCGUUGGGAGUCCAGCCUGCUUACUUGGCACAGUACAUAAUGGCUUACACACUUGGUUACAUGUCCUUACCGCAAGGAGAUCUGCGGAUGAUGGGGCCCUUCGAGAUGCGGCACACAGAGAAGUCAGCAGAACGUGUGCCGGUUGGAAAAGAGAAUCUCGGAAGAGUAGUGAAGCGGUCUCUUCGACUUGCCGUCACGAUGUCAGCACUGACCCUGCCAUUUUGCUUUCUUACAUCCGACGGAAGCUUUGCAUGGGCUGGGGGCUGGAACCUGAAUGCCGCCGCUUACGCCGUAUGGAAUGAAUGGUCGUUCAUGCUGGUCGGGCCGGCCUUGAUGGAUUACUUCCAAGCAUAUCACAAUACACCGACUAUGUCUUGGUUAUGGCAGCCUAGAUACUCUUAUGUUGCCUUCAUUGUUCACCCUCCGCUGAGCGUCGCUAUAGAAGUCUUAUUAGACAAGGUGAUUGCGGACAAGGCCGCAAUGUCUCUCUUUCUUGCAACCUCAUUUGGAAGCCUACUCGGGCCAGCUAUGUUAACAGGCUUCGUUGGCCUUGUGAACGCCGCCGCGGCCUUUGCUGUGGGAAGGUGUCUACUUUGGGCGUUUCCUGUUAUUAAGCGAAUCUUGUGA